AUGGAAACGAUCACUCAAAAAGGUCAACACAGCAGCUCUAUGGAAAGCUUCUGCAUGACUACUACUACCAAGGGUGGUGUUGUUGACCCCUUGAACUGGGGUGUUGCAGCUGAGUCACUCAAGGGAAGCCAUUUGGAUGAAGUGAAUCGUAUGGUAGCCGAGUAUAGGCGGCCUUUGGUGAAGCUCGGUGGCGAGACCUUGACGAUUUCUAAAGUUGCAGCCAUAGCUAGAGCUGACUUGGGUGUCAAGGUUGAGCUUUCAGAGGACGCAAGGGAUGGCGUUAAGGCUAGUGCUGAUUGGGUCUUUGAUGGCCUCAGCAAAGGCACCGACACCUAUGGCAUUACUACCGGUUUUGGUGCUGAUUCUCGGCUAAGAACCAACCAAGUAUCUGCCCUUCAAAAGGAGCUAAUUAGGUUCUUGAAUGCUGGGAUCUUUGGCAGUGGAACAGAGUCAUGCCAACCAUGUUCAAAGCAUUUAGAAGAUAACUUGAAGAACACAGUGAUGAACACCGUGAGCCAGACAGCUAAGAAAACCCUCACUGCUGGUCCAUAUAGUGAAGUUCACCGAUCAAGAUCCUGCGAAAAGGAUUUGCUCAAAGUCAUGGAUCGCGAAUACAUUUUCACCUACAUCGACGACCCUUGCAAUGCUAAACAUCCAUUGAUGUUAAAGCUUAGGCAUGUUCUUGUUGAUCAUGCAUUGGCAAGCGGUGAGAAUGAGAAGAAUGCAAGCACUUCAAUCUUCCUAAAGAUCACAGCUUUCGAAGACGAGUUAAAGGCUGUUUUGCCGAAGGAGGUCGAGAGUGCAAGGGUGUCAUUCGAGAAUGGAAAUGCCGCCAUUCCUAACAAGAUCAAGGAGUGCAGAUCGUAUCCAUUGUACAAAUUCGUGAGGGAGGAGCUUGGAACUGGACUGCUAACUGGAGAAAAAGGGAAGUCACCUGGUGAGGAGUUUGACAAGGUGUUCACUGCAAUGUGCAAAGGGAAGAUCAUUGAUCCGAUGCUUGAUUGUCUUAAGGAAUGGAACGGCGCCCCUCUUCCAAUAUGA